UAUGAAUUAACCCCGAAAACGAAAAAUUUCAAACACUUUCUUCAACUGAACGCACUUCAUAAGAAAAAUAUUAUCAACCCGAUAACUCUUUCAAGUUUUUCGUGUUUGGAGGAUAUUCGACAAGUUUAAAAGCUCCACCUAAAUAAACAAUCAACUUUACCUUACCGACUAGAAUUUAUUUACUCGAUUGCAUUUUUUCACCUUUCAUUCAAUCAGACAUUCAGCUUUGCGAAGCUUCACAAAAAUAAACAAAGAAAAAUGGGAAAUUCAAGUACAAAAUUGGCGGAAAAAUGUUCACUUUUGAAUAAAAAUGAAGUUCCAGUGGUGGCGAGUUCUUUUAAGCUUGUGAGUAAAAACUCGGAACGAAUCAAGGAAGAUGAGUUGAAGAAGUUUUGGGGCACACAAAUGGAUCCACGUUUGAGUCAAUACAUAACGAAUUUUCUUUUCGGUCCUUUGGGUAAUCGAAAUCCCGUCGUGGAGUUUCAGAGAUUUGCUGAAUUGUAUGUUUAUUGUGUACGUGGGACAGUUGAUGAAAGAAUAACUGUUUUGAUGGCUAGUUUGGGACAAAGCGAACAAGAAACGGCAGAAAUUGCAUAUCCAUUGAUAAAAGAGUAUGUUGAAGCAGUUGUCAGUAGUUACAUGAGAGCUUUGCGCCUUGAAGCGGGUCCACAAUAUAAAUCAUGGGAAGCAAGAGGCUUUCGUAUUGUUAAGGAUUGCGUUCAAAAGCUUGCAGAAAGUUUGGCUUAUGAUGUUGUGACGCAAGGAACACAGAAAGUGACACGAAUUGAUGCUGAGCGAUGGUUACAAAAAAAUCCCGUCUUCCUUCGGAUGCUUGAGCAUGUUUUUCUACAUUUAUAUCAUUAUCGAGCUGUUAAAAAUACCAGCGAAGAUAAGAACAGAGAUCGAAAUGAUGAAAGUGGCGGCUCCGGACAAGGAAGUGGCAAAAUCAGACCUUUCUGUAUCGAGAAUUCUCUUCUUCCAACAUGCGAGAACAUUCAUUACAUCCCAGACUAUCCAGCAUUUAUUGACAUCUCACAGAUUCUCUUCAUAAAUUCACAACUUCCAGCUGAAUAUCAAUCGAAAUGGCGAUUUUUGUUUUCAUCUCAAAUCCACGGUGAAAGUUUUUCAACAUUCAUUGGACGAAUUAUGGACCAAGGAUCGACGGUUAUCAUUGUUGAAGAUACAAAUGGUUACAUUUUCGGAGGAUUUGCCACAGAAUCUUGGGCUCUUAGUCCAAAUUUCACUGGCAACGAUUCAUCAUUUCUUUUCACAUUACGACCACGAAUGAGAUCUUUUCCCGGUACAACUUACAAUGAUCAUUAUCAGUACUUAAAUCUUCAUCAACAAACGAUGCCGAAUGGCCUUGGCAUUGGUGGACAGUUCGAAUAUUGGGGACUUUGGCUUGACAGUGAAUAUGGAAUUGGCGAAUGUUCGGAAUCUUGCACAACUUACAAGAAUUACAUUCAGUUAAGUGCAACAAAGAACUUUAAAAUCAGAAAUGUUGAAGUUUGGGGUGUUGGAGAUAAACCAGUGAAAGAAGAUGAAGAGGAUGAAGGUCAAUCAUCGGGAUCAAUAUUAGACAAAGACAUGGAAUCAAAAGCAAUUCUAAAGAUAGCUGGACGUGAUCUUCAUUCAGAUGGAUAUCGAGAAAUGAACCCGCAUGAAUGAGAUAACUGGAUACUCAACGACGAAUUUACACUUGAUCUGAAAUUGGACAUAUGAAGUCAUAGUGAACGUUUCUUAGUCGGCAGCAAUAGUGUGCAGCUGAUAAAGUUCAUUGAUGGACUCUCAGACAACAAGAGAAAGUGAAAUUCGUCGCGUUGAGUAUAAAAUUCAUUUAUACAUUCAAUCAAUCAUUCAUUCAUUGCAUGCUUUUUGUACAAUAUAAACAAAACAGAAAAAAAAGAGAAAUCUCGAAAGUCAUGCCGCCACCUACACAGUACUUUAGCUUAAUGUUGUUACUUGUUGAUUACUCUUACUCUACAAAUUAAUAUUUAUUGAUGUUAGCGUUAAAUGCUUCAGUUCAUGGGUUGCAUUUAGUGAAGAUGCCAUUUUAAAUGUGAUUAUUAUCAAGAUUAUUAUAAUGAAAUGUAUUUAAAAUACCUUAAAUCUACCUAAUCAUGUGUGUUUAGAUGCAUUUGAAAGAAUGUUAUCAAAUGCCAGGAUAAAAAAUAAUCAUGUAGCUAAUUAUAUGAAACAAAAUGCACAAUUUUCUAUGGGGACAACAAAUGAUUAGAAAUGAAUUUAGAAAGUAGACCAAUUUUGUUUUAAUUAUUUAUUUGAUUAAUAAACUUAAUAUGUAAAUGAAAUUGGUAUGAAAAAUAAUAACUUGUAAGAUUAUUGUGACAUCUUCUGAUAUUACCAUUCACAACUUUAAUUUAAAAUUAUGACAAGUAACGAAUGAAAAACUUAGAGCGCAAUUUCUGUUGGUGAACAUGUUAUUGAUUGAGAUGAUUUUAAAGAAUUUGAGUUAUUACAUUAUGCAUAAGGAAAUAAAAAUAUAUAAAUUAC